AUGGGAUAUGACGCCGUGCAGGUCGCCGCGGAGGGCCAGCAAUGUACGCAGGAGACGCGGACUACAGAGGCCCUCGACAGCACGCGUCGAUAUAAUGACCAGGCGCCCUUGGUCUGUCUUCCUGACGACGUCCUGAUUGUCAUCUUCCUCCAUCUUCGCGAUCUCGAUCCACUGACCCUCCGCAUCCCCGACUGGGUUUCCAUCACUUGGGUUUGCCGCCGCUUUCGGGCCCUUUGUCUCGACUACCCCCUGCUGUGGUCAUGUAUUGGCGACUACCAUGGUGCAUGGAUACGUGAGUUCACUGAGCGCUCGAGGUCCAUCCCGCUGGAGGUCGAUUUGCACGUGAACCAUCAUGAAGACCAGUGGCCGUCGUUGGAGCGCCUCUUCGCCCACCAGCAACGUAUGCGAAGUCUAAAAUUGGAAGGAACAGAGUUCUUCAUGACCUACAUCGUGCCUCACCUCUUAGUAGACUCGCCGACUCCCGAGCUUACCACGUUUUGUUUGCGGACACACGCUCGCGAUAACUCCAGUGACGAGGCGAUGUACAGAAGCGCGCCUAAAAUGAGCCUGUCGCUGUUUCCGGAUGCGCCUCAUUUGCGCUCGUUGACAUUGUCGGGGAGGCUCUUGGCCCGCAUCGAUCCUUCUUGGACUCCGCUGUCCUCGUCUCUCGAAGAUAUCGACGUCGAGGGGUGCUACGCGGCACAUGAGCUGCACACGUUGCUGCGGGAGGUGCCCAACAUUCGCUCGUUUGCAGUGAGGGAGACAGACAUGAUCAUCGCGCGAUCAUCCCUUCCUACCGCACACACGUAUGCGUGGACACCACUGGGACUGCCUCACCUCACCUCGCUCACCAUCGAGACCGCCUUUGACGAACGCUUGGCUGACCUACUAUCCAGCCUUGAGACGCCCUCUCUUCGUCUCACGCAUCUGAGCUUCUCAGACUGCGAGGCAAGUUCGGACGUUGGGAAGACCACGGGCCUACUGUCAGCCGUCCGUGCCCUUCUCACAAGGAGCCACGGAGGAGCUAAAUUCCAAAGCCUACGUUUCUCGCCCUUCGUCGCUAUUACAGAUGCAGAUCUCACGUCGAGAUACGCCCUGGUCGACAGCACACACAUGUGGCACGACUCCGCAAUGGGAACGGACUCCUCAUCGCCGUAUGAACGAUCCACGGCGGAUGCGCGCGUCACUUUUAAGUCGCCGCACACUCUUUUCAGACCGAUUCCGCACGUCCGGGACGUGUUGCCGUUUUACAGGCACCUCUGCGAGGUGUUACCCGUCAGCGGCGUGCGGACGUUGACCAUAGACUCUGAGCUCGCGUCUUCUGCUCAGGGAUGGACGGAUAUUUUACGAACUCUCGCCUGCGUCGAGGAGAUGAAGAUUAUCGAUCACCGCGGACGCCUCUCUGCCGCCUUGCACGCGUUGAUCUUGACUCCUUUCGUCCUGCCGGCGCUAUCGCGCUUUGGAAUGUGCUUCUGCUUUCGCACCUCUUUCACGCCUCCGCCUCUACUGGAGGGGCUGAGAGGGGUGGCAAGGGCGCGCAUGAAGGGAGAGAAGCGGCUUCGUGUCGCGUUCGAAGGGUGCCCGCGGUACCUCCCGGCGCUUGAUAAUGUGUUGAGGGAGAUCGCAGAUGUUACGUGGGAUAAUGUAGGUUUCUUCGACGACGGAAACAGCGAGGACGGGGGGCCGUGGUUUGCUUUUAUAACAGCGCUUUGA